AUGGGUUAUUCCACUGAUUACGCUGACAAUGUCAACAAUGUCAACAGCAUCAACCACAACAAUGCAGGCGUUGUCAAGGGCGAUCUCGACAACAACAACAGCAAUUAUGGAACACCCAAGUCUUCACCAUCACCAUCCCCCACCAGUAACAAAUAUAACCACUCUGCCCCUCAUAAACUAGGUCUUUCUGACCCUUCUGCUCAUCCCACAACGACGACAACGACACAUCUUCCCACAACUCACAUGCAGGAAGCAACGGUACACUAA